GGCGGCGGGUGAGCGCGCGUCGCGUAACGACCUUCUGCGUGGAGUGUAGGCAGGCGGCGKCGGCGUAUGGAUGGAGGCCUCGGCCUCUGGCCGGGCGUGGCGGACCUGGCGGCGGGCCCGGGCCUCGGGCUUCCCGCUCUCCCGAGCCGCCAUCCUCCUCUUCUCCGCCUUUCUUGUGCGGGCGCCCCCGUCAGUUGAAUAUUUGGUUCGAUUUCCAAGAACUUUUCGCUUGACCCAAGAGUCAGUGAAAAUAGUGGGAUCAUCAAAUUUUCCAGUGAAAGUAUAUGUCAUGCUCCAUCAAAAGAGUCCACAUGUGCUAUGUGUAACCCAACGACUGCGAAAUUCCGAACUGAUAGAUCCAUCAUUCCAAUGGCAUGGGCCAAAAGGAAAAAUUGUUUCAGAAAACAGCACUGCACAAGUAACAUCCACAGGAAGCCUUAUAUUCCAGAACUUCGAGGAGGCUAUGAGUGGAGUUUACACAUGUUUUCUUGAGUAUAAACCUACUGUGGAAGAAAUUGUUAAAAAUCUUCAACUAAAAUAUCUUGUAUAUGCAUAUCGUGAACCUCAUUAUUAUUAUCAGUUCACAGCUCGGUAUCAUGCAGCUCCCUGCAAUAGUAUCUAUAAUAUUUCCUUUGAGAAGAAACUUCUUCAGAUUUUAAGCAAAUUGGUUCUUGACCUUUCAUGUGAAAUUUCCUUACUUAAAUCUGAAUGCCAUCGUGUUAAAAUGCAAAGAGCUGGUUUGCAAAAUGAAUUGUUCUUUACAUUUUCAGUUUCAUCUCUAGACACUGAAAAAGGACCCAAGCCAUGUACAGAUCAAAAUUGUGAAUCUUCUAAAAGACUAUCUAAGGCUAAAAAUCUCAUAGAGAGAUUUUUCAAUCAACAAGUAGAAGUUCUAGGCAGACGUUCAGAUCCAUUGCCUGAAAUAUACUACAUUGAAGGUACUCUCCAAAUGGUUUGGAUCAAUCGCUGCUUUCCAGGGUAUGGAAUGAAUACUCUGAAGCAUCCAAAAUGUCCUGAAUGUUGUGUGAUCUGCAGCCCUGGAUCUUAUAAUCCCCGUGAUGGAAUUCACUGCCUUCAGUGCAACAGCAGUCUGGUGUAUGGAGCAAAAGCAUGCGUAUAGGACAUUAUCUUGAAUUAUUUGGUGGUUUAUUAAACAUAAAAGUAUAUUUUUGAAAUAUUAAUAUAUAAUAAAUCACUAUUAUGCUAAAAUUAAAUAAUCAGAUUUUACAAA